AUGUCGUCGUCCGACAUUUCGAGUGCCGCUCACGCGGUGUCAGAGAGCUUGUCGGCAACGAUGAAAGCUUCUCCCGAUGCCCUGCCGUCCGCAUUCACGCGCGCGCAGGAGGUCGUCGCGGCCCAGGGGUCGUCUAGUUGGUUGGGUCUGUUUGGCAGGUUGAUCCUCGCCAUUCUGUCUCUGAUUUCCUCGAUCCUUUACUGGGCCAUACGGAUUGUUACCAUUACGAUUCCGACCCUCCUCUUCACCUUGUUCUCAACAAGCUGGACUGUAACGAUGAACGCCACUACCUUAAUGGUUAUUGUGGUCGCCAUCAUAUCCGCCGUCAGUUGGGUGGUGCGAUACCGCAUCCUUAACAUGUACUCCCGACUCCCACCGGAGCCUCAGAGAAAGGAGCCUGACGUUGACCUGUUUCCCGACACACAUGAUGAGGGCAAGAAGUCUGGUCUGUCGAGCUACUUGGACGAGUUCCUUAGUGCCAUCAAGAUCUUUGGCUACCUGGAACGACAGGUCUUCCACGAGCUGACGAGGAGCAUGCAGACUCGUAAGCUCAUCGCUGGCGAGACCUUCAACCUGGAAGAGGAGAAGGGGUUUUGUAUUGUCGUCGACGGUCUAGUGGAAAUCUUUGUCAAAUCUGGCCGAAAUGCCAGAGCAAUGGACCCAGACCCCUGCGACAAUUAUGGAGCUGAUUCGGCCUAUCACGGGGAGGAGGAGGACAUGUCACCUCAUGGGCAGCAGAGAUACCAACUUCUCACCGAAGUUCGCAACGGAGCUCCCAUGUCUUCUCUGUUCUCCAUCAUGUCUCUCUUCACAGAGGAUGUCAAGCUUCGGUCAACGGAUGACGAUACUCCUGAGCCCACGUCUGGCAGCGCUGGGUUGAGAACAUCCCCGUUCCCACGCAAUGCUGGUUUCCGCCGUAUGCCUUCAGAUCCCGCUAGCCCAUUCCCUGCCACUCCAGAGUUUCCAGAGAGUGUGGAAGAGAGGACCAGUGUACGGAUCGAAGAGCCUCCAAAACGGGCUGCCACGCCCAACUUGCCUGGCAGCGCAAGGAUUCCGCCCAUUUCUCUUGACAACUCUGGAAGCGCUCGUGUACCCAAGCGUCCUUCGCUUCAGAGUCGGGCGACAUCUGGCUCAGCUCAUCCAGACAUUAUUGCCAGAGCGACGGUUGACACGACCAUCGCCAUCAUUCCAGCCAGCGCCUUCCGCCGCCUGACUAAGGUCUACCCCAAAGCAACUUCACACAUCGUCCAGGUCAUUCUUUCUCGCUUCCAAAGAGUCACCUUGGCGACGGCCUACAACUACUUGGGGCUCACUGGCGAAGUUUUGCAGACCGAGAAAAACAUGCUGUCCUUCACCACCUGCCAGUUGCCCAACAUGCUCCGAGGUGAUGCUCUACAGCGCCUGAAGGAGAAAUUCGAUCGGGAACGGGAGAGAGUUGGCGGUGAUUCUGAGAGCAAGGGUAUUGCGCUUCACAACGCCAAUGCUCAUCGUCGUCGCAAGUCAACGACAACUCUCCGAAAGGAUGCCAUGAUCCACUCCAUGGCUACCAAGGAGAGGUCCUUUUCUCAGGUUGCGACAACAAUCGCGCCACCAAGGGAGAGAGCUUCUACGCAUACAAGCCCUGGCGAUCUUUUGGCCAACAUUCAAUCCGCUCGAUACGGCGAUCAUCAACCGUCAGGCGCGAGCAGUGUCCAACUUGAGCAAGUCGCUGAUGCUCUUCGUCACGAAGGAGCUAGUCCUCUCGCCCAGCGCUCCUUCAAUCCCUUCACGACCCAAAGACACUCUCGGGUAUCAGUUGACGGCAGAGAAUCUCUGGAUGAAGACAAUCUGUUCCGUCAGUCAAUUCUUGAAUGCAUGUUCAAGGCGAUCGGUCUCAGCAGCAAUGGCAGUGUCUCACGUGAAGCCGAGUCUGUUGAAGGCUCUCCUCGGCUCUUCUCCUACGACCAAAGACGACCAAGACCGGGUUUUGGCAACAACGCAUUCGGCCUCAUGGGGCCUUUCGACGCCUCUGGCGAUGGCGAUACGGAGUCUAUGACUUCUGGCGGAUUCACCUUGAAUACACCACCCAACGCUCAUAUUCUUGCAAAUGACAUGAAGGAUGACGUGGAGAUCGUCUUCUUCCCCAAGGGAUCGGUCUUGGUCGAGCAAGGCGAGCGCAACCCUGGUCUUUACUACGUGGUUGAUGGAUUCCUCGACAUCUGCACUUCCAAGGAGGAUUCCUCGGCAGACAUCUUGCAGUCUUCGAGCAGAACAUCGCUGCACACGGACUACGUGGGCGUGGAUGGCUCUCCCGGAUUCUCACCAGAAAACAUGGACACGAAAAAGAAGAAGCCAUACCGUCGCGGUGUAUCACUCAUCAAACCUGGCGGUCUUGCAGGAUAUGUCGGCACUGUGUCAUCCUACCGAUCUUUCAUUGACGUGGUGGCUAAGACGGAUGUCUACGUUGGAUUCCUCCCACGAUCGGCUCUGGAACGGAUUGUUGAUCGCUAUCCUAUUGUCUUGCUCACAAUGGCCAAAAGGUUGACCAGUCUCCUGCCGCGUCUCAUUAUGCACAUUGACUUUGCUCUGGAUUGGGAGCAGGUUGAUGCCGGCCAAGUACUUUUCCACGAAGGUGAAGAGAGCGAGGCCAUCCACAUCGUCCUCAACGGUCGACUGCGUCUCGUCCAGGACAGGAAGGAUGGCGGCGUGAGUGUCCGAGCUGAAUUUGGUCAAGGCGAGAGCGUUGGCGAGCUGGAGGUCUUGACCGAGUCUGUCAGACCUGGCACGCUUCACGCCAUCCGGCAAACUGAGUUGGUCAAGUUUCCGCGCACACUCUUCAACAGCCUGGCUCAGGAGCAUCCGAAUAUUACAAUCAAGAUUUCCAAGAUCAUUGCGUCGCGCAUGAGGAAUCUUGUAGACGACCCUUCACAGCUCCUUUCUAAGGAGGCGGGCAACACCAACACCAUCACCAAGGGUUCUUCUUCCCUCAAUCUGAGGACAGUCGCCAUCUUGCCUGUCACUUCGGGUGUUCCUGUGGUGGAGUUCGGCAACCGCCUGAUGAACGCUCUGGCUCAGGUCGGCCCUGCAAACGGUGCCACCUCUCUCAACCAGUCCGCAAUUCUCAACCACCUCGGCAAACAUGCCUUUAACAAGAUGGGCAAGCUCAAGCUUUCCCAAUACUUGGCUGAUCUGGAAGAGAAGUACGGUCUGGUUGUCUAUGUCGCAGAUACCAAUGUCAACUCCCCGUGGACUCAGACGUGCAUCACCCAAGCUGAUUGCAUCCUCCUUGUGGGACUUGCUGAGGGCUCCCCUGAGAUUGGCGAGUACGAGCGCUUCAUGUUGGGGAUGAAGUCAACAGCAAGGAAGCUCCUCGUUCUUCUUCAUUCUGAGAGAUACUCUCAAUCGGGCUUAACCAGAGCUUGGCUGAGGAACCGUAUGUGGAUUAAUGGCGGGCAUUAUCACGUUCAAAUGCCACUCGGACCGAACAUUAUGCCUGUGCAUCCAACCUCCAAGAGGACUAGUACCACCUUGAAAGAGAGAGUCCAGAUCAUCCAGGCGGAGAUUCAGAAGUACACUUCAAGGAAGACACGGCACAGCCCUUUCUACUCCCCGGACGCACCUUUCAAGGGUGACUUUCAUCGCCUGGCCAGACGCCUCUGCGGCAAGUCUGUUGGACUGGUACUUGGUGGAGGCGGAGCCCGAGGCAUCACUCAGAUCGGCAUCAUCCAGGCCAUGGAAGAGGCCGGUAUCCCUAUUGAUGUCGUGGGUGGAACUUCGAUCGGAUCCUUCAUAGGUGCUUUGUACGCUCGCCAUGCCGAUAUUGUUCCAAUCUUCGGUCUUGCCAAGAAGUUCUCGGGCCGCAUGGCCAGUAUGUGGCGUUUCGCACUGGAUCUUACGUACCCAACUGCGUCGUACACUACAGGUCAUGAGUUCAACCGUGGCAUCUUCAAGACAUUCGGCAAGACCCAGAUCGAGGACUUCUGGCUCGAGUACUACUGCAACACCACAAACAUCAGCAAGAGUCGAAUUGAAUACCACACCAGCGGCUACGCAUGGCGAUACAUCAGAGCGUCCAUGUCUCUGGCUGGCCUACUCCCACCACUAUGCGACGAAGGCAGCAUGCUUUUGGAUGGUGGCUACAUCGACAACCUGACUGUCUCACAUAUGAAGAGACUGGGGGUGGAUACCAUCUUCGCUGUGGAUGUCGGUUCUCUUGAUGAUGACACCCCGCAGGCGUAUGGUGAUUCGCUGUCGGGUGUGUGGGCAUUUUGGAACAGGUGGAACCCUUUUUCGGGAACGCCCAAUCCUCCGACGCUGGCGGAGAUCCAGGCUAGACUGGCCUACGUGUCUAGCGUCGACGCCCUGGAAAGGGCAAAGACAAUGCCUGGCUGCUUUUAUAUGCGGCCGCCGAUCGAUGAUUAUGGUACGCUCGAAUUUGGCAAGUUUGACGAGCUAUACCAGAUGGGAUACAAAUAUGGGCAGGACUUCCUACAGAAGCUGAGAGAUGGCGGUGCAUUGCCUUUCAUGGAGGAGACCGAGGCCAAGAAGGCGAUGCGGAGGACCAUGGCGCCCAGAAGAGCCAGCAUCUAG